UCGCUGGGAAUUUUAAAGUCUUAUGUUUUGGUCACACUUGUCGUUUGUUUUAAGAACAAUUUGGUGUUUUGUUUUCAUUAUUAACCCGAUAUUAAUGAAAACGGUUUAAAACUAAAGAAGUUGAUUGCUUGAUGGUUUGUUGUAAACCAUUACUUUCAAUAACUCAUUUAUUGGUGGAGCCGCUCCACAUUGCGUAGCGUUAGUAAGGAAUAUACAUACUCUCAACGUGAUGGACAUACAGCAACUCGAGGUGCUCUGCAAGCAACUAUACGAAGCCACGGAUGUUGGUAUUCGUGCCGAAGCGGAAAAGGCCUUGGGUACCUUUGUGACCAGCCAGGACGCCUUGCCCAAAUGUCAGCUCCUCUUGGACAGAGCGGACUCCAGCUAUGCCCAGCUGCUGGCCGCGUCCACGCUCACAAAGCUCAUACAGGGACUGAGUCUGGAACAACGAAUCGACAUCCGAAGCUAUGCCCUGAACUACUUGGCCACCAGGCCCAACUUGCAGCACUUCGUCAUUCAGGCAUUGGUUACUCUCCUGGCGAAAAUAACCAAAUUUGGAUGGUUUGAUAGCUUCAAGGGGGAAAUGGUAUUUCAAAACUUACUGGAGGAUGUGAAAAAGUUCUUACAGGGCUCUGUCGAGCAUUGCACAAUCGGUGUCCAAAUCCUAUCACAAUUGGUAUGCGAAAUGAAUUCCAUUGUGGAGAUAGAUGUGCACUUGUCUUUUUCAAAAAAUAGAAAAAUCGCAACAUCGUAUCGCGACCAACAGCUCUACGAUACGUUCUUGUUAUCCUGCUCGCUGUUGGUCACUGCUCGUGACAAUAGCAAGACCCUCAAUUAUAUGGAUGAAUCGCAGCAAGCGCUAAUAUCCCAUGUCUUACGACUUACGAAAAAUUGCCUAAGCUUUGACUUUAUUGGCAGUUCGACUGAUGAGUCGGCCGAUGAUAUGAAUAAUGUUCAAAUACCCACAGCUUGGCGUCCUGCAUUUCUAGAUUCAAACACACUUAAACUGUUUUUUGAUUUAUAUCAGAUUUUGCCAAAUGGUUUAGCUAGCUAUUCCAUAUCGUGUUUGGUUCAAAUGACAUCUGUGCGUCGAUCUCUUUUUAGCAAUUCCGAAAGAACGAAAUUUUUAACACAUUUGGUUGAGGGCGUCAAAGAUAUUCUGACAAACUUGCACGGCCUAAGUGAUCCAGAUAACUAUCACGAAUUCUGCCGAUUACUGGCGCGCCUUAAAUCCAAUUAUCAACUGGGUGAACUUAUAGCGGUUCCUUGUUAUCCAGAAGCUAUUGAACUAAUAGCCAAGUUUACGGUUCAAUCGCUGCAUUUGUGGCUUUUUGCACCGAAUAGUGUACAUUACCUACUUACGCUUUGGCAACGCAUGGUGGCUUCAGUUCCCUAUGUGAAAUCUCCAGAUCCGCAUUUGCUGGGCUCCUACACACCGGAGGUGAUAAAGGCGUACAUUGAGUCCCGCAUAGAUGCCGUUCCGAUGAUAGUUCGGGAUAAUCUGGAGGAUCCGCUGGACGAUUUAUGCAUGGUGCAGCAGCAGCUUGAGCAGCUGUCGGUAAUCGAAAGGUGCGAGUACAACAAGACGUGUGGCCUCCUUGUCCAGCAUUUUGAUCAGAAGGCCCGUGAAUACGAGAACCUGGUACAAAUGCCCAAUGCCAAUCCUAUUGACAUCACCGUGCAUGAGCUGCAGUUAACGUGGCUGGUGUACAUCAUCGGUUCGGCGAUAGUCGGUCGUCUUUCUGUGACGACAAGCGAUGAGCACGAUUCGAUGGACGCAGAGCUAGUGAUAAGAGUAUUACAAUUGAUGAGUCUGACUGAUGCCCGUCUACCGCAGGCUGGCUGCGAGAAGCUCGAGCUGGCCAUACUCAGCUUUUUAGAUCAGGUCCGGAAAAUGCAUAGCAGUGAGCAGACGCAAAAGGCGAAUGUCUACAAGAGACUGAGCGAGGUCUUUGGAGUUAGCGACGAGCAAAUGCUAUUAAGUUUUAUAAAUCGUAAAAUCAUUACCAAUUUAAAGUACUGGGGACGCUCGGAACCAAUUAUAACCAAGACUCUGAUGCUACUCUCCGAUCUCUCUGUACACUUCAAUUCCGUGCGCAAGCUGGCACGCCUCGAGGAAGUGCAGUUUAUGCUAACGCAUCACACCAGUGAACACUUUCCAUUCCUGGGAACGAACUCCUCGCUGAGUGAAAUGCGGUGUCGCACGAUGUUCUACACAUCCCUGGGACGAUUGUUAAUGUUUGAUUUAGGGGAGGACGAGGAGAGGUUCUAUAAUUUUUUGGCGCCACUGACAAAUCAAUUCGAAUCUCUCAGAACUGUGCUAAUGGGCACCAAUAGCUUCCCUAAUGAUGAGGCUAAAAAGGCCAUCAUUGGCCUGGCUCGAGACCUUCGUGGCUUGGCGCUGCCGCUCAACGCUCGUAUUCAGUACACCAUGUUAUUCGAAUGGCUGUACUAUGCUGACUAUUUACCAAUAUUACUGCGGGCAGUGGAACUGUGGGCCCAUGAUCCCGCCGUAACAACGCCAGUAUUAAAACUAUUUGCUGAGCUGGUACAUUGUCGCACACAGAGGCUGGCGGGCAAUGUAUCUAGUCCCAUGGGUAUUCUACUAUUUCGGGAGGCUUCCAAACUUAUCUGCAUAUACGGCAAUCGGAUUCUGCACCUGGAUGUGCCCCGCGAUCGCCUUUAUCCAAUGAAACUUAAGGGCAUUGCCAUAUGCUUCUUGAUUUUAAAAAACUCCCUCGGCGGCAACUAUGUGAAUUGUGGAGUCUUUAAACUCUAUGGAGAUGAUACAUUGGACAAUGUCCUUAAUAUAAUAGCCAAGCUAAUACUCUCUAUUCAGCAAAACGAUUUAAUUGAAUAUCCAAAACUGUCGACGGCGUAUUACAAUUUAUUGAAUUGCCUCUCGCAAGAUCAUGUCACAUACCUCGCAGCCCUGGAGCCCUCUGCCUUUGUGUACAUCUUGAAGAGUCUAACAAAGGGUCUGGCAGCGUUGGAUUCAGCCAUUUAUAUAAGUUGCUGCACAAUUUUGGAUAGUAUCGUUUCAUACAUCUUUAAGCAGCUUCAACUGAAAGUUUCCACUUUUCCAAACAAAAAGCUGCGGAGCUUAACGCAAGAAAAUGCCCAGUUCCUGAAGGUUGUUGAGAUUAAUUCAGAUUUGCUACAGAGCAUGAUGUCGUCAUUAUUAAACAACGUUUUGGCAGAGGAUUGUCGAAAUCAAUGGUCCAUGUCGCGUCCUUUGCUGGUGCUAAUUUUACUUUACGAAGACUACUAUCGUUCACUUAAGGAGAGGAUUAUCUGCGGCCAGCCUUUGGAGAAGCAACAGACCAUGGCGCAGUGGUUUGAUGAUCUUAUGUUUGGAAUUGAGCGAAAUGUGUCCAGUAAAAAUAAGGAAAAGUUCACGCAAAACUUGUCGACAUUCCGACGCGAUGUUGUUAAUUUGCCAAAAUCGAUAGCUUAUCUGUCAGAAAAUUCCUAUCAGGCGUACACUGAAACAAACUACUCAAUUUCGGUUUAAUAACAAUCAAUGAAAUGAAAUCCAUCAAAGAAUUGAUUGGUUAAGAUGUGACAGAAACCAACUCCUUCCCCCCUUCCAUGAUUAUAGUUUUCCGGAGAGAGAGAACGUUUACAUUUUCAGUUUUUAUGUAUAAAAUAUAAAAAGAAAACAAAAAAAAA